GCUGCUCCCAGGCGUCUCCCCGCCUGCAUCUUCGCCUUGUCCGGCCACUUUAGGGUCCCGAUCCUGCGCCCCCGGAGCGGCCGGGCUGAAUGCUGCUCCCCCCGCCCCGGGCGAGCCAGUGUGCCCCCCAGAGCAGGAUCUGCGCCGUUGGGGGGGCGCCAGGAAGAGCCCGGCUUCAGGGGCAGACGGAGGAGAACACUAGCACUGCCCACCCCCACCAGCCUCGGGGAGCCGCCGCCUCCAGCCAUUCACCCGGGUCUGGGUUGUUCCUUCCUCCUGGCACCUUGCGAUGGGAGCAGGUUGGCAGCAGCUUUUUGCCCAAUUGCAGUGAACACGCACGGCACCCUAGAGAGCAGGGGCUGCAGGGAGCCUGCAGGGCCUUCCUUGGCAGCAGCGUCCCGGGGCAUCCACUGGAAUCUCUCCCGGCACGUGGGAGACCGUUUCCGCUGACGCGGUCAUUGUCAUGUAGGCCGGAUUGUCCAUUUGCUCGCUGCCCGGACACACGCCGUCAGCAUGCAGCGGGGCUACGCACCCUUCCUCUAUUUCAUGGCUGUCCUGGGGCUGGAGGCUGCAGUGCAGGAGGAAUGCAGGAUUAUCGAGGCUCUCCAGAACAAGCUGACAUAUCAGCAACGGCUCCAGUACAUGAAACACUAUUUCCCCAUCAACUACACCGUGAAUGUCCAGUUUGAAGAGGUUCUCAGGGUGGCCAACAUUACCAGGCUGCGGGAUCAGAACGUCAGCGAGCCGUCCCUGCGCUUCCUGUGGUUCAAUGUGAACACCCAGGUGCUGCUGAAGAUCCAAGCUGUGCUGCUGGAGAAGCACCCGGCCUGGGAGUACACCCGAGAUCUCAGCCUCCUCUUUGAGCAGCUGACUGAGUACGAGAACUGCGAACAGAGCGACACAAACGUUUGCGAAGUGGUAGAGCAGGUUCUCAGCAGCGACGCAGGGAGCAGCUGGAAGGCCGUGCGCCCCAAAGCCCUGCUGGAUAACUGCGCCAAGGUCAUGCGGAUGCUAUACAGCGAAUCGUGUAAAUAGGAUUCUGCCUAUGAUCAGGAAGGGAGCGUAGCCAUUUCGUCCCUCUCUCCGUGCCCUCUGCGCCGCUUCGGCAUGUGGUCUCUGUUGUCGUGCUGCCUGUCUGCUUGUGCUCCACAAUCCCGGCUUCUGUGUUGCGUUGUGCCUGCCAUCUCCCUGGGGCCCAGAGGAAGCCAGCGCCCUACGAAGCAUCUUCCAAGGUGCCUGGCAGCGAGAGCUUUGCCUUGCUCUCACAGGGAAGAAUGAGAGCAAAGGUGAAGGAUGGAGAGCGCAGAGGAGUGGAUUUUCUCUACCGGUGCCACAGGACAAGCUCAGGAAAUCUUUCGGGCACGGGGAAUCCAAGGAAGGUGGUGGCUUCUCCUGCCAUGAACAGGCUGCAUUUCUGUUGCUCUGAGGGUGCGGUUCUGGGUUGCUCCCCACCAGAGUAGGUGUCUGAGGGCCUGCUCUGUGGCAGCAAUGGAGACUUGCCUCACAUUCGAGCCUGCCCCAGUGGGGGAUUUUCUCACCAGGGUUGUUGAGGAGAGAGCACAAUGUGACCUGGCCUGGGGUGUGUUGCCUGAGUCAGAAACACCGCCUGCUGUCUCCUGCCCCAGGACGCCCAGGUGGUGCACGGCAGCCCCCGCAGAGGAGAGUCGCUGGAGGGAUUCUGGUGGAUGGUCCCUGGACACUGCUGUGACUGGACUGGCACCUUCACGGCAGGGACGUUCCAACCCCUGAAUGUUUAACACAAAGCCGCUCCAACACGUGUGCUUUGAUCACAAAUCUUAUGACAUUUGGUGUUUUCUUUAAAGCCCCGAGCCCUGGAAUCACCAUAUAACUGCACCUUGUCAGCUUGCGUUAACGAAAAAAGCUGGUCUGUAGCUCUCCUGGUCGCUUGUAAACGUGUCCCCUAAAGACUCCAAUGCCAAUAAACACAAUAAAUAGCAAGUGAACCCAA